GAUUCAAAUAACUGUUCAGUAUUUCUUAUGCACAGUCUGACACGUUUUCACAGACGCAGAGUCGCUCGGAGCAGAGAUGAGUCUAACAGCAGUGGCCAGUGGAUUUGUUGUCUUUGUUCUCUCAGUGGUACAGGGUCAGAGGGACCGGGGAGUGUUUUACCCUCAUACUCACAUCUGUGCCUCUAAAGGAUCAACAGUGGAAAUACACUGCAGCUACAGAUCCCCAUCCACCAUAAAUGAUGCUGAUACUACAUUUGUGAAAACCUUCUGGUUCACUAGAUUCAGUGAUAAUGAACCUGUGGAUCUGAGAGCAGACUCAGAGUAUUCAGGUCGUGUUCAGUAUCACUGUGGUGAGAACGACUGCACUCUGAGAAUCACAGACCUGAGAGAGAGCGACUCAGCUGAUUACAAGUUCAGGUUCAUUACAAACCAACCAGGAGGGAAAUAUACAGGUGAACCUGGAGUCACUUUGUCAGUCACAGGUUUACAGGUGAAGAUGAGCGAAUCAGAAAGAUGCAAAACUUAUGCCUGUACAUGGUCACGUCUCACGUGUCACAGCAGUUGUCCUCUACCUGAUCAUCCGUCCUACAUCUGGUACGAGAGUGGAAAGAAUAUGGGGAAAGAUGCACGUUCUUUUAAAACCUACUUUUAUGGUGAAAACAGUUAUGCCUGUGCUGUAAAAGGACACGAGGAUUUCCCCUCUCCUUCAGUGUGUGUCCAUGGUUCUUCAUGCAACAGAGUGACUUACACUGACAGAAGCAUCUGUGCCUUUAAAGGCUCUUCAGUCGACAUUUCUUGCACUUACAACAAUUAUGAAUCUAUCAAAUCUAAAUUCUGGUUCAGUAAUGAUCAGCAGGGGUAUUACACACGACAUGUGGACCUUCGUAAAGACUCCCAGUACUCAGGUCGUGUUCAGGUCCUUGAAGCAGAGAGAGGACGCUCCACUCUGAGAAUCACUGACCUGACAGAGAGAGAUUCAGCUGAGUAUCGCUUCAAAUUCAAAACACAAAGGUUUGAAUGGGGGAGCAGCUUACGUGGUACAACUCUGACUGUCACAGAUCCAGAUGUGCAGGUGCAGGUGAUCUGGACUUCUACCGGUCCAACACUGAUUUGUUCCAGCAGCUGUCUUCUCUCUGCUCGUUCUUCCUUUGUCUGGUACAAGAGUGAAAAAGAAAUUCAGGGAGAGACAUCUCCAUCUUUUAGAGGACACGUAGAUCCUGAGGACAGUUAUUCCUGUGCUUAUGAGGGUUACCGCUCCCCUGCAGUGUAUGCUCCGAAGGUGUCAGUGUUGAUGAAUCCCUCUGGUGACGUAAUGAAGGACAGUUCAGUGAGUCUCACCUGUAGCAUCGAUGCUAACCCAGCAGCUAAAUACACCUGGUACAAAGAGAACCAGUUACUGCUCAGUGGAGAACCGCAGCUUGUUUUCACCUCCGUCCAGUCCUCCAACUCUGGAGAGUAUUACUGCACAGCUGAGAAUGAGCUGGGGAAGACGACAUCUGAACAUGUCUCACUUAAUGUGAAAUAUGGUCCUCAGACCUCCACUCUGUCAGUGAGUCCCUCUGGUGAGAUAGUGGAGGGCAGUUCAGUGACUCUGACCUGUAGCAGUGAUGCUAACCCAGCAGCUAAUUACACCUGGUACAAGGAGAAUGAAGACUCACCAAAAGCUUCAGGACAGAUCUUCACCAUCACUGACCUCAGACCUGAACACAGUGGGAAUUAUUACUGUGAAGCCCAGAACACAAGAGGACGUCGUAACUCCACCUUAAAUCUGACUGUUGUAGCAGGUGCAUGGAAAUCAGCAGCUGCUGGAUCAAUCACUGCUGUUCUCCUGGCUCUCAUCCUCCUCGCUGUCUUCCUGUGGAUCAGAAGAGAGAACUCCUUCACACAGCAGUGUAAGUGUGGAGAGAGACCUGACAACAGAGAACAGCUGAACGUGGGUCCAGUGUAUGACACCCCGUCAUCUGCAGCACAGAGACAAGCAGCAGGACAGCAGGAUGACCUUCACUACGCCAGCAUCUGCUUCUCACAGAACCAGGGAGAUGUUGUCUACUCCAAAGUCAGAGUUCAUCCCCAGAGAGAAACAGAGGAAGAGGAGGAGGAGGAUGGGGUUGAAUACUCUGCUGUCAGAUUUAACAAUGCCAGCAGUGCACCAGGAACAAGACGUCAAGAAGAUGGAAAUGAUUCAUGUGCACUGUACAGCACAGUCAACAAAAACAAAAACACACCAUGAAUCUGAGCUUUGUUAUUUAUACUUGGAUUUUACAGCAUCAAGAGAAUCAGAAAAAUACAAACAUAUAAACAACAGUGGUUUAUGUAGGGUUUGUAAAGACUUGUUUGUUUGCUCAUUGUUUUUUAAAAGUUUGUUUGAACCAAAUUACAAAGAAAUGUCAUAUUUUCUCACUGACUCCUGCUUUUAUCAAACCAUGUAUGUUUGCUGCAAAAAUAUGUCUGAAACUUUACUUCAGUUAAAGCUUAGGAAGAAAACUCUGCUUGUCAUAUUGUCACAUAAAUAUAACAGCGUGUUACACUGGAUAAUGUAUGAUUAUUGUAAGGAUAAAAUAUGAUUAAAGUACAGUCAACAUUUGUGUUGUGUA